AUGCCAUACGAACUGUCGGCCUCACAAAUCAUGUUAGAUUUUAUCAGGCGUCCACCUCCGAACUUUAUGGAAAAGUUGUGGAAACUCCUCAAUCGGAAACUACACCAUUUUAUCCUCGUUCACCGUAUGGUGUUGCAAAAUUAUAUGCUUAUUGGAUAGUUGUUAAUUACCGCGAAGCAUACAACAUGUAUGCUUGUAAUGGUAUUCUUUUUAAUCAUGAAUCACCUCGUCGUGGUCGUACGUUUGUAACACGAAAGAUUUCACGCGCAGUUGCCGAAAUUCAUCUUGGUAAACAAGAGUGUCUUUGGCUUGGUAACCUCGAUGCAAAACGUGAUUGGGGACAUGCAAGAGACUAUGUUGAGGGAAUGUGGUUGAUGUUGCAACAAGAAUGUCCAGAUGACUAUGUCCUUGCGACAGGUGAAACUCAUACUGUCCGUGAAUUCGUAGAAAAGUCGUUCGCUGUGAUCAACAAGUCUAUUGUUUGGGAAGGUGAAGGUGAAGAAAUUGUUGGUCGUGAAAAAGACACAAACAUCAUUCGUGUGCGAGUUGAUCCAAAGUACUUCCGUCCUACCGAGGUAGAUUUGUUACUUGGAAGUCCUGAAAAAGCAAAUAGACAACUUGGUUGGAAGCGAAAAGUGGAUUUUGAUUCCUUGGUAAAAGAAAUGGUUUUAGCUGAUAUCGAAGGAGCCCAAUCAAAUUCGGAAAAUUAA